CCCUUGGCUGCGAACUCUGAUUAGUCUAGUUUGCCUGGGCCUCUCCUCCUGGCCAGAACAUAAACACAUGGAGUCCCCAUGCGUACGUACUGUACCUACGGAGUAUUUCUGGCCAUAUAAGUGCCUGUUCCCGCCGGCAGCCUUGCAUCUGUGUAUCCCCCUCCGUCUCUCUUACUCACUCAGUCACUCCCCCUUCAUGAUUUCCUGCGAGGUCAACUGCCAUGGGUUCAGCGACUGAGAGCCCUCCACACCAGGGCGAGCACAACAAUACCCUUCGUGCGGAAAAGAUCGUCUCUGUGACCGAUACGACGACUGCAUCCUCCACCACCAGCAAGAAGUCCAAAUCCGACGCCAAGGAUGCCACACCAGAGCAGACGGCCUCGUUAGGCAGUUAUUUUAGAUUACUGUCGCAGGCAAGCGCGUCGGAUCGGGCCAUCCUCGCCGUCGCCCUCCUCUCCUCCAUCGGGUCGGGUGUGGUAUGUGACCGCAUCCACCACAAUCCGCAGUACGCAGUCCACGGCUAAUCUCUCCUCGUGCCCAGCCCCUACCGCUCAUGAACAUCGUCUUCGGAAAUAUGGUCGGCGAAUUCAACGGAUACUUCACCGAUGACUCCUCUACCACCGAAUCCGAGUUCAAGUCCGCCAUCAGCAAACUGAG